UUAUAUUUUGCUACUCUACGCAAUAAACCCAAAAGCACCGUCAACACACACUAUUUCUCUACAGAUGAGGAGCUGGUCUACGAGAAGUGGGAGCCCCUCUGGAGUGCUGUGGAGGAGGCAGGGUGUGCCUGGCUCUAUGCAGCCCUCUCCUAUGGCACCCGAUGGCAGCCCUGCUGCUACGCUCACUCCUAUUUAAGCCGUUUUGGCUCCACCAUGCAGCUUUGCCUGACUCUGCUCCUCCAGAUAACAGCUAGUUACCUCCCUGCCACAGCAUCUGCAUAAUGUUGCAGCCCAGAUCCACAUAACCUCCUGGGCAUCCCCUGCUGGAGCCACUUGCCCAAUAGUGGGCAGCAUGGAGAUUCAAGUUUCUAUGGAGAUUUUGGACCUUUAAACUUGGCGAUGUUAUACAGAUACUGCUGCAAACUAAAUAAGAAAUUAAAGUCUUUCAGUCUUUCAAGAAAGAAAAUAGUUCACUAUACCAGUUUUGACCAACGAAAAAGAGCAAAUGCAGCAUUUUUAAUAGGUUCAUAUGCUGUAAUUUAUUUAAAGAAGACGCCAGAAGAAACCUACAGAUCACUUUUAUCUGGGUCUAAUCCACCAUAUCUCCCAUUUAGGGAUGCCUCAUUUGGGAACUGUACAUACAAUCUUACAAUCCUGGAUUGUUUACAGGGAAUAAAAAAGGCUUUGCAGCAUGGAUUUUUUGAUUUUAAGACAUUUGAUGUGGAGGAAUAUGAACACUAUGAGCGGGUAGAAAAUGGUGACUUCAACUGGAUUGUUCCAGGAAAAUUUUUAGCAUUUAGUGGACCACAUCCAAAAAGCAAAAUUGAAAAUGGUUAUCCUCUUCAUGCACCUGAAGCCUACUUUCCCUAUUUCAGGAAGCACAAUGUCACAUCCAUCAUAAGGUUAAACAAAAAAAUAUAUGAGGCAAAGCGUUUUACAGAUGCUGGUUUUGAGCACUAUGACCUGUUCUUCAUAGAUGGAAGCACACCAAGUGACAGCAUAGUGCAGCGUUUCUUGAACAUCUGUGAGAAUGCUGAAGGAGCUGUAGCUGUGCACUGUAAAGCUGGUUUGGGGAGAACAGGAACAUUAAUAGCCUGUUACAUAAUGAAACACUAUAGGUUCACACAUGCUGAAGCCAUUGCUUGGAUAAGAAUAUGUCGGCCAGGCUCUAUUAUAGGACCCCAACAACACUUUCUGGAAGAGAAACAAGCAAUGCUGUGGUUACAGGGAGACGUCUGCCGAUCCAAACAGAAACAACGAUCGUUUGAGGAUGGAAGCAUGAAUAGAGUUCUCUGUGGCUUGGAUGAUGUUUCAAUCAGUGGGAGUUUUAAUAAACUACAAAAUCUGGACAGAUAUGGAGAGAAUGAAUUUGAAGACAAAGCAAAUUUGGAGUCCAAGAAUGGUAUGACACAGGGAGACAAACUCCGUGCCUUAAAAAGUCGGAGACAGCCACGUUCUGCCACAACUGGGGCUCUUAGGUUGGAAGAUAUGAAGUUACACACCAGAUCAAUAUCACAGCCUUUCAGAUUGAAUACUUCAGGUGGUACAGAAGGAUCCAUGUCUCCUUUGAAGUCCUCCAGAGUGACGGCAGCAAUUUCACCCUCUGCAAAGAGAAUAAAUAGAAGCCCAACAUCUUCAGGUUCUAAUUUAAAAAGCGUUUCCAUAAACUCCAGACUAGCCAGUUCUCUAGGGAACCUGUGUGCUGCUUCAGAUGAUAAAGAGAUCAAAAUGACUUCAUCAUCUUCUAGGACAGGUUUUCCUGUAAACCAUAUCUCCAAUCAUUUGACUGGCAGCUUGCAGCUGCCUGCCAGAAAUUACCGUGAGCUGAACAACAACCUGUACAACAGAAGCAGCAAUAGUGGCACCAACCUCAACAGCCAUCCCACUUCUCCCAGCACCGUGACAGAUGAGUACAACAUCUACCAACCCUCCUUUACGGGGCUUACAACUUCUCCAGCACGAUACCUGAGUCGUUCAAUUCCUUCCCUUCAGUCUGAAUAUGUUCAGUACUAAAGCCUUGCUGCUUCGGUGAAACCUGGUCAGCUCUUAAAUUCCCAACCCUUCAUGGAGGAGGAUGUUGAGGGAAAGAAACGGCUCACUAAGAGGAGAGCUCUUCAUUCCUAGAUAACUUAAAACAUUUAACUAAGACACCAAGGAAAGACUUAACCAGAAAUCUCUGGUUUUUAAUGACUACUGCAGAUGCACUGAGAAGUUAAAUUUAUGAAAAUUUACAGUGAUGUUAUAUACAGGUUGAAGAUUUUAAUGUUGUGACUGACUUGGGGUAUUUUUAAUAGAUUUCAAUAACACAUUUAUAAUUACACUUGUGUAUACAGUGUUACAAUAUGUAUGUAUUAAGAGACUAUUUUGAUAAGAUAAAAAUAUAUAUAAUUAUGUAAAGAUUAGACUAUAUUUUGAUUUAGGUUUCUUCACUUCUUUGCUACCAAAAAUAUGUAUUUUAAAUGUUUUAGGUCUUUAUCUACAGGGUGUGAAAAGUUUUUUAUGAACAAAACCCUUUGGGUUUUAUUUUUAUGGGGCCACUAUUUUUGUUUAAAACUGAAUUCAGUUAUUUUUGGUGUUUAAUUUUCCUUAAGUAAAGUAGUUGGAGUCAACUAAUGAGAAAUUUGUAAAUAUACUAUCAACUGGUACAACUUGGUUUAUAAUUGGCUUCUCCCUUUCAGCUGCUAAUCUUUCAUAUGGUCAGUUUAAAGGAGCAGAGAAUGUAUAUUUUUGAUUCAGAUGUAAUAUGACAUUCCUACUUCUGAUAUAUAACCUCCUUUAGGAAGAGAAAGCAAUCUAGCUGACAAUUCUAUUUUAUUUUAAUUUUUUCCCUUUUAAGAAUUUGUUUAAAAAAACGUGUUUUAUUUUACUCCUAGUUUUUCUUUCAGUUUUGUUAAAUGUCUGUACCAUUUGGUAAUUCAGUUUGUUCUGAAGCAGCUUGUAAAUUAAAAACUCUGUUAUGCAAUGUACUUCGUACAUAAAAAGGAAGGCCAAUUUCAUAAGCAGGUGGAAGUCCACUGAAUUUGGCAACUGGUGUAAAUGAUUUUCAUGGCAAAAACAUCCUAUCUUCAGAUGUAGAAGCAAUAAGUUAUUCUAAUUAAAUGUGGCAGGAAAACAAUACCUUCCCAGACAUUUAUUCUCAAUUUUAGCUUGUAGUUGCCUUAACCAAUGUCCAAUCAUGCUAUAAAUUACUAUAACACAAGUUCUGCCAUUGGCAAAUAUGACCUUAGGCUUGUAGUUCUACUCAAAAUUAAUUGGGGACCAAAUUUACUGAAAGUAUUUCAUACAGUGUUAGUGGGGAAGGUGCAUCGUAUUUUACUAUAACCCUUCAGAACCAUUUCUCCUGUAUUUAUCGAAACAAGUUAUGUGGCUGAAUUCCCCUAAAAGUACUUUAAAAAAUGGAAGGGUUUUGUGCAUCUUUUUAUUGGACCAACUACAAAUAGCUGGCCCAAUAGAAGAUAACACACAAAACCCUUGCCCCUCAUACAUUUCCUGGCUACAACACAACCCUGACCCCACUUUAAAAAGCACCAGUUUGAUUUUGAAACAAAUGGUUAGUGUAAUCCAGGAGGCAAAAAUUAAAUAAAUGGAAUUGUCAGUUAAAAGUACUGUACUUUUAGACAGCUGAAGAAAAAUAUUUCCUAACCCUUCAGUCCUCAUUUGUGAAAGGUUUUUGUACUAAACUGAAAGUCCAGGAAAGUUCUAUAAGUGUGUCUCAAAUUACAUCAUGAUCACCUGGUGUAUUUUUAUGAACAAAAUCAUAGAUGCCAUUUGGAAUGGGAAUUCACAUUGAAAAUCAUAAUAAUUACAAAAACAAAGUUGAGUGCAGCUAUAUAAAUCAGAGUAAAAUUUACAUGCAAUACUGUAAAUGUUCAUAACUGUGUAUAUGUGACAUAUACACACCCUAAGUAGCAUAUGUGUGUGCAUAUAUAAUAUAAUAUACUGUAUAUGAAUUAUAGGUUAAUGGUAAGGUAAUUCUACCUCCUAUAAAGAAUUUUGUUUGAUAUGUAUUUUGUUAUGAAUAGUUUAUCUUCAUAAAAUAUGUAUUUUGUUCUAUUUUGAAGUUUAGAUAUACACAGCUAAUCAACAAU